UUGCUCCAGGAGAACCCAAAUCAGACAGAGAACCCUGCUGUUUUGCUCCAUCAGAACACAAAUCAGAAGGAGAACUCUUCUAAACUACCAAAAGUGGAGCACAACCAUGCAGAAGAUCUGAUUAAGCAGGACACAGAUCAGACAAAGGAUUCAUCUGCCAUUCCAAAACUGGAGCACAACCAUGUAGAAGCUGUAGCCACUGAUCCAAGAAAUGCAAAUAUAGUGGAUCUCACUGCUGAUUCACCUAAGCAGACCAAUCAAAACACAGCUCAGGCAGAGGAUUCCCCUGCCAUACCAGCAGUGGAGCACAACUAUAGAGAAGCUGUAAAAGCCCUACCCCAGAUUCUUUAUAACCAUUUCAAGGUGGUCAAAAAAGAGUCGAAGGAUGCAUGGUUGAAGAAGUCAUCAGGGGGAAAUGUUAUUGCAGCAGAACCCAUCGCCUCCAGUCUACCAGAGGGAUCUUCCAAUGACAACAUGCCUUAUCGGAUCGAGAAAAGGGAGCAGGAACAAGCUGCUGCUGAAUCGUCUGGAGAGAAAAGGAAGAAGAAACAACCUGCUAUACUUUGUGGAAACUACCCAAUGUCUUUAGGCCUUCCUGAAGAGUUCAUGGCUAACCUGCAAGCUUUUGAAAAGUGGCUGCUGAAUCAAGAGGUGGACGAGGAUUUGAUCGAACGUAUACAUCCAAUUCGACUGCCUAUGGCUAGAAGAGUAGAAGGCUGGAUUAUGGAGCUCAAGAAACGAGUGGAAAGUAAACUUUUUGAUGCGUAUUUUCGCCACAAGGAAUCAGGCUUGAAAUUUCGCUCGGCGCGUGAAGUGUCGAAGUACCUGCUGUACAAUGCUGGUCCUAAGCUAACCAAUGAUGACAGCAGCAGCCUCCAGGGGAAGAGGGGGAGGCCGUCAAUCGAUCAUACUCCCGAACCCAAUCCCAAGAAGAGAAAGAUAACAAUGGCUGAAGAAAAGGAAGUGCAGGUGGGCACAUCCAACAAUCUGCAGAAUGUUGCUGCUGCUGCUGCUGAUGGAAAUGGGUUGCAGUACUGUGCUUAA